CACGUGGUAUAAUUGAGCGUUUUGUGCGAGAGUUGGCCACGUCUACUGUCCGGACCGGGAAAGACUCAGAAGAGUCGGUGGUUUCGGGAUUUUCUUAAAUAUUUAACACAUUGACAGGAUCAGAAGUCAAGAUGACGACCGCUGCAGAACAGCCAUGUUACACUCUCAUCAACAUCCCUUCUGAUGCAGAGCCUCCCACAGAACUGCAGCUCAAGACUGAUCUGGAGAAGGGAGAUGUUCGUACCAAGACAGAAGCCCUGAAGAAGGUUAUCCACAUGAUCCUGAAUGGAGAGAAGAUGCCUUCUCUACUCAUGACUAUCAUCAGGUUUGUGAUGCCACUACAAGACCACACCAUUAAGAAACUGCUGCUGAUUUUCUGGGAAAUUGUGCCCAAGACUGGACCAGACGGCAAGAUGCUCCACGAGUUCAUCCUUGUCUGUGACGCCUACAGAAAGGACCUUCAACAUCCCAACGAGUUCAUACGCGGUUCCACGCUGCGUUUCCUGUGCAAGCUGAAGGAGUCGGAGUUAUUGGAGCCCCUCAUGCCGUCCAUCCGCACCUGUCUGGAACAUCGACACUCCUAUGUGCGCAGGAAUGCCGUCCUGGCCAUCUUCACCAUUUACAAGAACUUUGACACCUUGAUUCCUGAUGGCCCAGAGCUGAUCCACAACUUCUUGGAACAAGAACAGGACGCCUCCUGCAAGAGGAACGCCUUCAUGAUGCUCAUCCAUGCUGAUCAGGAACGAGCGCUGGACUACCUGAGCACCUGCAUUGACCAGCUGCAUACCUUUGGCGACAUUCUACAGUUGGUGAUUGUAGAGCUGGUGUACAAGGUGUGCCACGCUAACCCAAACGAGCGCGCUCGCUUCAUCCGCUGUAUCUACAACCUGCUGAACUCGUCUAGCCCGGCCGUGCGCUACGAGGCGGCGGGAACACUGGUCACCCUGUCCAGUGCACCCACUGCCAUCAAGGCUGCAGCAAGCUGCUACAUUGAGCUGAUUGUGAAGGAGAGCGACAACAACGUCAAGCUCAUCGUUCUGGACAGGCUCAUCGCCCUGAAGGACAACCCGCAACACGAGAGGGUACUGCAGGACCUUGUGAUGGACAUCUUACGUGUGCUGUCCACACCGGACUUGGAGGUCCGGAAGAAGACACUGAACUUGGCUCUUGACCUGGUGUCUUCAAGGAAUGUUGAGGAGAUGGUGCUGGUGUUGAAGAAAGGAGUGAUCAAGACUAAUGACAUUACUGAACACGAGGACACAGACAAGUAUCGUCUCCUGGUGCGGACUCUACACUCCUGCAGUAUCAAGUUCCCUGACAUGGCUGGCGCUGUCAUCCCCGUGUUGAUGGAGUUCCUGAGUGACCAGAAUGAGCUGGCUGCUGCUGACGUGUUGGUGUUUGUACGGGAGGCCAUCCAGCGAUUCGACCAGCUCAAACAUGUCAUCCUGGAGAAACUGUUGGAGGUCUUCCCCUCCAUCAAGUCUGUCAAGAUCCACCGGGCGGCGCUGUGGAUCCUUGGCGAGUACUGUACAACAGCAGAGGACAUCCAGGCACUCAUGCACGAGAUCAGACAUUCUCUGGGAGAUAUCCCCAUAGUUGAGUCGGAGAUGAAGAAGGCUGCAGGGGAGAUAAAGGAUGAAGAUGAGUUCACGCCGACUCAGCAGAAACUCCUGACGGCAGAGGGAACCUAUGCCACACAGAGCGCUCUCACGUCCACAGUCAAGAAGUCUAGUGAGGAAAAGAGGCCUCCGCUGCGAGGUUUCCUGAUGGACGGAGACUUCUUUGUGGGCGCGUCUCUGGCCACUACGCUGACCAAGCUAGCCAUCCGGUAUGGGGAAAUUGUCCCUGACCCCAAGAAACACAACUCGUUCAACGCAGAGUGUAUGCUGAUCAUGGCAACUAUUAUACAUCUUGGAAAGUCUGGUCUAGCAACCAAGCCAAUCACAGAUGAUGACCUGGACAGAAUCGCCCUCUGCCUGAAGGUCCUGUCUGACCACACCCCCGCGGUCAACGACAUCUUCAGUCGGGAGUGUCGCCACUCCCUGUCCACCAUGCUGGCUGCUUUACAUGAGGAGGAGAAGGAGAACCAAAAGACUGUGAUAGAGAAGAAGACAGUGAGUGUCCAGCCUGAUGACCCCAUCAGCUUCAUGCAGCUGGUCAACAAGGCAGAACAUGGAACUACAGAGGACUUGUUUGAGUUAAGCCUGCUCCAAGCAGUGGGGACACCACAGAAGAAGGAUGCAGCUGAUCCACAGGCCUCCAAACUACAGAAGGUGAACCAGCUGACAGGGUUCUCUGACCCGGUGUACGCUGAGGCGUACGUCCAUGUGAACCAGUACGACAUCGUGUUGGACGUCCUGAUUGUGAACCAGACCAGCGACACCUUACAGAGCGUCACACUGGAACUGGCUACUUUAGGUGAUCUGAAGUUGGUUGAGAAGCCCUCCCCCAUCAUCCUGGCUCCACAUGACUUUGCUAACAUCAAGGCCAAUGUCAAGGUGGCCUCCACUGAGAACGGCAUCAUAUUUGGCAACAUCGUGUAUGAUGUAAGUGGAGCGGCCAGCGACCGUAACUGUGUUGUUCUGAAUGACAUCCACAUCGACAUCAUGGACUACAUCGUGCCAGCCCAGUGCUCUGACAACGAGUUCCGACAGAUGUGGGCAGAGUUUGAGUGGGAAAACAAGGUUACAGUUAACACGUCCAUAACAGACCUGGGGAUCUACAUGGGACACCUGCUCAAGUCUACCAACAUGAAGAGUCUCACUCCUGAGAAGGCACUGUCUGGAGAAUGUGGCUUCAUGGCAGCCAACCUGUAUGCCCGUUCCAUCUUUGGUGAGGACGUCCUGGCUAACCUGAGUAUUGAGAAGAUGAUCCACCUGGGAGAGGACGCCCCUGUACAGGGUCACAUCCGCAUCAGGGCAAAGAGUCAGGGGAUGGCCUUAAGCAUGGGAGACAAAGUCAACAUGUGUCAGAAGAACCCACCAAAAUGAAUGGACUAAAGUAGAACAAAAACACUAUGAUAACAGUUUGGUUUCUCUUCCUAAGGAUUGAAAACCAGUCUAUAACUAGAUAAUUUCACUUCUAAACUAUCUUGUAUGCCAAAAUAUAC